AUGGGUAUUAACGACGAAGAGGAUAUUCCAGAGAAUAUAAACAUUGAAAAUAAUGACGACAACGAAAGCGUGGAGUUUGAAACCAUUGAUAAUAUCGACCUUAUAGAACAAUAUGAAACUGGAUAUCUUAUUCAAGAUUCUAUGAUGUAUAAACCUUUCAGUAUAUUUCCACCACGUGAACGUCGUGCGACAUACGUAUACCAAAGUGGAAAUGAUGAAGAAUUUGAAGAUAGAGUAAUUGUAGCAGUCAAAAUCACAUCAGAAAUCUUUGAAAUGUGGCCUGAGAGGAUUAGACAAUACGACGAACGCCAAAUACAACAUGUCGAAAGUGAACCAGAAUUGGCUUCGGAGGUGGUAGAAGCCGGUGAACCGGAUGAAGGCUCACAGACUAGUUUGAUUGUUCUCGUGCCAAACUUUGAUAACCUACCGAAGGGCUUUAUUCAAAGGGUAUCAUUAACCGCUAAAAUUCUAGAGAAGUUUAAAAUAACUCCGCAUUCUAGCAGCCACUAUCAAGUAUACGGAAAAGAAGAGAGUUUUAUGAAUACUCUUGAUGCCAUUAAAGAAGAAGAUAACAUCAAUAAAGGAAGAACUAAACAAGGGCAAAAAAUUCUCAUGAGGCUAUCCGCCAACUUGCAGGAGAGCAAGUACGAUGCGGCUGAUUUAAAAGCAGUUGAAGCAGAGUAUAGUGAGCUAGUAACACCCAGAAACGACUAUCUCAUUAACAGCGAAGGGCCGACAGUACUUGCGGCAUUGACUGUCAUCGUACAAAUAAUGAUUGUAUUAAUCAUUGAUAUUUCUUCCUAUUGCUAUUGCAUGUUUAAGCAAUCACAUUUCUUCUAUUAUUAUUAUCCUUCCUUACUACAACACUUUGAUAUAACAUGUCUGGAAGUCAAAACUACUAACAGACAAGCGGACGAGAGAUUGAAAAGACCUACAUGCACCGUUGGUGACGCCGCUGAUAUGGCGAAGAAAAGAUACGUUGAUGAGUUGAAGAAAGGGAUUGAAAAAUACGACAAGUUGGGAUACGCUGGUUCUCAGAAACACUUGGACUAG